AUGGCGCUGCCCCCAGCCGCCGCGCCCCCCACCGGGACCCGGGAGCCGCCGGGGCCCCGCGUCGCCGCCGCCGCCGAGCCGCCGCUGGGCCUGCAGGAGCUGUCGGCGCUGCGGCCCGAGCCGGGCGGGGUCCCGCUGCACUCGCCCUGGACUUUCUGGCUCGACAGGUCCCUCCCUGGUGCCACGGCGGCCGAGUGUGCGUCGAACCUGAAGAAAAUCUACACAGUGGAGACAGUACAGAUAUUCUGGAGCGUGUACAAUAACAUACCUCCCGUGACCAGCCUGCCUUUGAGAUGUAGCUACCAUUUAAUGAGAGGAGAGAGGCGGCCACUCUGGGAAGAGGAGAGUAAUGCAAAGGGCGGCGUCUGGAAGAUGAAAGUUCCCAAGGACAGCACGUCCACAGUUUGGAAAGAAUUGUUGUUAGCAACUAUCGGAGAACAGUUCACAGACUGUGCAGCAGCAGAUGACGAAGUUAUAGGAGUGAGCGUCAGUGUGCGGGACCGCGAGGAUGUGGUCCAGGUGUGGAACGCCAACGCCUCGUUAGCAGGCGAAGCCACCGUCUUAGAGAAGAUCCAUGAACUUCUGCCCCACCUCUCUUUUAAAGCAGUAUUUUAUAAACCCCAUGAAGAGCAUCAUGCUUUUGAAGGUGGACGUGGAAAACACUAAUUGCACUCUGUAAAGAAUUCUUUGUCCUUUGCUGAUUGGUUUUGGAAACGGUCUUAACAGGAGGGAGAGUGAAGAGAAGACUUGCCGCAGCCCGGAGCUGGUGCACUUAGAGUGGGUUUCUGUGAUUACAGAGUGGGCAAUUAGGACUCAAAGUGGCAGGUGGGGUGGGGGGAGAGGGAGUGGGUUCCUACCGUCACAUUACUUGUUUCCUUGGGGAAGAAACAUUAUUAUUAUUUUUGCUUUUUAAAUUGUUUUCUUUUUACUCUGAAUUUUUUGGGGGUCCCUUUAAAAUUCCUUAUUCAGUCUAAUUAUUGUUUUCUACACUCCUCUUUCAUUGAGGCACAAGGCAUCAGUUUGCCUUUAAGUAGCUCUGCUGUACCUAGUUAAUGAGAAAGUGCACAGCCAUGACAAUACUGUUUUUGAAAACCACGCUGUACACGGAGGAAUACGAGCUUGGUGAAACCUGUCUCCUGUCUGUCUGUUGUGACACAUUCCUGCACACUCUGAGCUGGGUAUUGUUCUUUUCUCACCCAGGGGAAAAAAAAAAACCAUAUUUCAUUUGAUUUGGCACUAACAGCACACACAUCUCUUAUUUUUCAUUUUUAAAAUAUUUUUGUUGUUGUUUUGUUCUUGUUAGCGAUCAAAGGAAAAUAAGAGUUGGGUUUACCUGACACGAAAACGGUCAUCACAGUUCAGAUCAGGAUAUAAACCAAAGCCUGAGGUCUUUGGACCCUUCGUGGAAAUGUUUCCAAGCAGAAUUUCAAUUCGGCCUUUUCAAUGAAAGACUUAGAGUGGGAGCAAGGGGUUUUUCCUGCUGGGAAACCUGGUAUUUCUGAUUUCAAGAGAAGGUGACAUUUUAAUUGCUUGAACCAAGAUUCUGCCAAAGGGUGGCUGUGUCUGCCCACUGAGGGCUUUGCACGUCAGUCCCACCCGGUUUUGUGCCCUCUUUUCCUGCUCACCUGGAGCAUCCCUUCUAGCCAUCGGUGGCCCGUUCUCCCCGCUCUUCUUCACGAGGAGCAGGAAGCCAAGUCUCAUGGCGCAGGUGAAUAUGAACAUUCACAAAGGUGGGCUUCGGGGUGCAUUCUCUCCCCGGGAGCUGUUGGAAUCGUCACUCUAGUUGAUCCCAUUUACCAACAGCAUACCGGUUUUCAUGGAAGGAACCGGUCACCCCAGGGAACACGGAGGCUCACUGGGAAUGAGCCCGUUUCCCUCUCUUGACCUGGCCGAGCCUCUGGCUGCCUUUAGCUGAACAGUGCCAGGGCCAGCUAGAGAGGCUCCCUCCUGUGAGUUUGCUUUGUCAGUGUCUAGAGCUCAGGCAUCCCCUGCACGUUUCUCCAAAGGCGUGCACUCAGGAUGUCAUUGUCCCUCCAAUGCCUCUUGCAGUGCUGACCAGCAGAGACAGGCUACUCUAUGCUGCCAACAUGUGUUUGUGAAAUAAAAUUCUCUGCUCGAACAUGUUAAAGGACUUCCACAACGUCUGCUUAUGAACGCUGUGCUCUUUAGUUGUGUUACUGACGCCUCAGCCAGCAUCAUCAAAAUCCCUUUUAUACGAUGCUCUUUUCUAAACAUGAGUUUCAAAACUGAAGUGUGAGGCUAUCAGACCCAUGUAGCAAAACCCUGGGACUCGAUUCUCUAAACACUUUACUAACAUUCACCUUGUUUUAUGACUGUUCCUAAAGGCUUUUUUAAAAAAAAAUUAUUCUGGACAUGAAUUAAAACUUUUUUUUAAAAUAAUAUAAGUAUUUUUCUGAUAGAUGAGAAAAAAAGAUAUAAUUGACUUCAUUAUAUUUGUCAUAUAUAUUUCCACAAGUGAAUGGAUUUUGAAGCAUUUUUAUUUUUUUGAACUUUAUUAAAAGAUUUGUGAUGACAUGUUGAACUUUUGCAUGUAUGUAGCCUU